GUUCUUGUUCUUCUUCUUUUCCUUCUAUCUAUCUAAGAGAGGUUCUGGGCCUCCUGUUGUACAGAUCCUUCAUUCCAUUCAGCUUUCAGGCUAGAACACCACGUCCAGCCCCUAGCUUGUGCCUCCCACACACGACACCCACAGCCACACCCCUCUUCUGUGUCCAUUGGAGUAAGCGGAUGCAUGCCCGUGGUUGACCUGGCGUGGGAUUGGACGCCAAGCAUUUGGGAGUGAGUGGCCAGCGCUCAUCGCGUUCGGCGAUUACGCCCCCUAGAACCCCGGGCCAUCGGUUGGACUGAUGCGGCCCACCGGGGAUGGCAGCACGCCCAACUCGGGCGGAGGUUCGCCCACUGGUGGGGUGGCGGGCGGGGCGGGCGGGGCGGGCUUGAACCGCGAUCAAUCGGGCGCGUUUCUGAGUCGCGCCUUUUGGGUGACCAAGCAUUCGUGGAAGGGCAAAUAUCGGCGGGUAUUCGUGGUGGGACCCGGGGGCGUGUCCACGCUCAACCCCAGUUCCUUGGAAGCCACCAACGCCUGGCCUUGGUCGGAUGUGGUGUCGUUGGGCGUGAGCCCGGCCGCCAACCAUGCGGGCGAGUUCCACUUGGUGGUGCGCAAGGGCCACAAGAACAGCAGUAAAACCGAUUCCAUGCGCUUUUCCUCGGCCGAAUACAAAGACCACCUCUUGAGUGAGGCGUGGCAACACGGCGAGGAAUUCGCCGAACCCAGCCACCCCCAGUGUUGGUUUUCGUACAAAUACCAUUGGUCCGAGCAACGCGUGUCCGUGCUCCUGCAAGCUGCCCCCCACGCCCUCCAGCAACGCGAUCCGGCCACCAAAGCCCUCUUGUCCAGCCACUUUUACCGAAACAUUAAGCAUCUCUACGAUGUGCCCGAUUUCCCAGGGGGAUUCGUCAUUCAAGAACACGACUUCGGUCGCCUUCAUUUGUUCGCCUCCGAAGCCAAGAAGGAGAUCUUGGCCGCCAUGUCGGACCAUGCGGCCAACGCCAUGGGCAUCCAUUUGGCCAAAGUGGAGUCCAUGACAUUUGAGCGCUUCGUCGAACGAAAAUUUGGCCAAUUCAGCGACGACUUGCAUAUCACGUCCAUAUCAGAAUUCCUCGUGUACAAGCACAGUGCCCGUCAUCCGGAGGGACCGGUGCGACGCAAGUUCUGCGUGUCUGAGACCUGUUUAAUCGAGCGAGAUCCGGCCACCUACAGCAUCGUCUCCUUGCGACCGCUCUCUUCCGUGGCGGCCUUGAUUCGCCAUCUGGACAACACGCAGCUCUUCUCCAUUCAGUUCAAUUCCGGGGAGCUCCGUAGCUACACGUCCACGGAACGAGACUCCUUGCUGGCCUCGUUCUUGGAUGGAGUUCGAGGAUCCGGGAACCGCGAUGUCCACGUGCGAAUGACACCAGUGGAAUUGGGCAAACGCUUCUGUCCGCUGGAAUGUGCGGCCGAGGAGGAAGUCGAGUCGAUGCAUUUGAAACUGUUGGCCUCUCCGCCCGUGGGCUGGAAGUUCGCCGACGCCAUCUCUCGCUUUAACGCCAAUGUGUCUUACAGUGGACUGACGCACGCUGUCACGCAAGAACACUUAUUCGCCGAGAACAAGGAGAAGCUGAUACAAACCGCCCUAGUGUCCAUUUUAAACCGAGAUGUCUCCGAAGUGGACAAGCUGCCCAUCGAGGAACUGGAACAGCAGUUCCACGCUCUUCGCCGAUUGGUGGCUUCCAAGGCUGGAUUCGCCGGAUUCACUGCUCUUCCCGGGUUCCGGGAAAAAAUCGGCAUGAAGGUGGCUCGAGCCCUGAAACUCGGUCAUGACGGAAUCAGUCACGCGGCCAUUGACAUGAUCUGUGCCCUAAUGGAGCCCAUGCAUGACAACUAUGAUUUGAGACAAGAGCAGUUGAAUAAAUCGAGUCUCUUGAGCUCGGACAAGUUCCUGGAUGCCCUUUUGGAUAUGUGGACAGUGCAUGUGGUGCGAGGAACUGGCGCCUUGAUUGUCUCCGCCAUGUUGGACUUCCUAACCUUCUCCUUGUGCGCUCCAUACAGUGAGACCACGGACGGGAAACAGUUCGAAUUGCUCCUGGAAAAAGUAGCGGAUCGAGGCCGAACUCUCUAUCGAUUAUUCCAACAGCCCUCGCAUAGUAUCGUGAAAGGGGCCGGUCUUCUUAUGAAGGCCAUCAUCGAAGAGGGUACGGAAGAAAUUGGGCACAAGAUGCAGCUGUUGGCCCUUUCAGAAGGGGCGUUGCCCAUUCAUUUAGUGAGUGCUCUCUUUACCAAGUCCGAGGACAACCGAUUGCUGACGAAUUGUCAGCUCUCGCGACAUUUGGUCGGCCUUUGGACCACAGACAAUCAGAAUGCCAUCGACCUUUUGGAUCGAGUCUUCCCGGCAGGAUUACUCACUUACCUCACGUCCAAUGACCAAACUCCCACCAAGGACGUGGAUCGACUUCAUGUUCGUGACAAUCUAAAGCUAGCCGUCACCGACGCCGAAAGUGGGCAGGGCAAUGCUGUCUUACGAGUGGCUGGGCGUGGACUGAAAAACGCCAAGACCACGGCCGCCAAAACGGCGGAGGUGGUCUCUGAGAAGACCAUCAAGUACACAGAGGAGGCUUGGAAGGCCUCCGAGAAGUACAUCGACGUGGCUAUGGAGCAUUGGAAGACGAAAAUGGGCAAAGAGUUCCCGGUGAACCUCAAGAAAGGUGAGACGAGCUUGAGCUCCAAGUUCCACAAGAACCAGGAUCGACCCAUUGUGCUGCGGAAACGCCGACAACGCAUCAAGACCAAACUGAAUUGGUCGCUCUUCUACUACAUGUUCAAUCAGAACCACUCCAAGCCAGAUCUCAUCUGGAACAUUAAGACUCGGCAAGAACUAAGAGAGAGCCUGGAGAGUGAGAUCCAAUCGUUUGUUCAAGACCGAGAAUUGGGCGGUGGGUCGUUGAUUUCGUGGAACUAUGCGGAGUUCGAAGUGCUUUACAAUUCACUCUCGGAGGAGAUCAAAAUCGGCGACUACUUCCUCCGUUUACUCCUAGAAGAGGACCAGUCUGAGGCGGGGAUCGAGUCCGUGAUCCACAAGCCGUCAGACUUCUUCAACGACCUCUACCAUCGCUUCCUACUCACACCGAAGACCGAGAUGAAAUGUUUGUGUCUGCAAGCCAUGGCCAUUGUUUAUGGGCGUCAUUUCCACGACAUUGGGUCCUUCCAUGACACGAAGUACAUCGUGGCCAUGCUGGAGCGCACCACUGACCGAAUGGAACGUGACCGACUUCUGCUGUUCCUGAACAAAUUGGUGUGCCACAAGGACAAUGCUCACGCCUUCACCCUGGCCAAUGGGGUGAGAAUCAUGGUGGAUCUUCUGCCCUUGGCUCAUCUGCACACCUCCAGAGCUGUGGUAAAUAACAAUACCACGGCUAUUGAGGUCAACCCGGAGAGUCAGCAAGAGUGUCAGGAAAAGGAAUGGUAUUAUGGAAAUGCUGAUAAGGAGCGCAAUGGUCCGUUGAGCUUCUCGGAGCUCCAAAAGCUCUUCCAAGAGAAGUCCGUGCAUCCUAAAAGCAAAGUCUGGGCCCAAGGCCUCGAAAGCUGGAAGCUACUGCAGCAGGUGGCUCAACUCAAGUGGAACUUGAUCGCCAAAGGCCAAGCCGUGAUGAACGAGUCCGAGAUGGCGUCCUUGAUAUUAUCCAUCUUGAUCUCGGUGUGUCGAUAUUAUCCCUCCAAAGACGAGGACGGCGCCAUCAUUCGACCCUUGCCCAAAGUGAAGCAAGCCCUGUCCGAUUCGGCCAAUCUUCCUCACUUGGUCCAACUACUGCUCACAUUCGAUCCCACCCUGGUCGAAAAGACCUCGAUUCUUCUGCAUCUCGUCUUGGAGGACAAUGCUCGAUUGGCCACGCUCUAUCUGACGGGAUUCUUCUUCUUCGUACUAAUGUACACGGGCUCGAACGUUCUGCCCAUUGGGCGGUUUCUCGCCAUGGCCCAUUCCAAGCAGGCUUUUCGAUCCGAAGAGAAAAAGAAGGCCAUUGUCGGCAGUCAGUCGAUAUUGGCUCAAAUGUUGCCCGAUGCCAUGGUGGCAUAUUUGGAGAACCAUGGGCCGGAGCGAUUUGCCGAGAUCUUCCUGGGUGAAUUUGACACCCCUGAAGCCAUUUGGAAUUCAGAGAUGCGUCAAUUCAUGAUUCAAAAGAUUGCCUAUCAUCUAGCCGAUUUCACCCCGAGGUUGAAGUCGAAUGUGCGAGCGUUGUAUCAAUACUGCCCCAUCCCCUUGGUCGCCUAUCCGGCUUUGGAGUUCGAGCUCUUCUGCGAUAUCUACUACUUAAGGAACCUCUGUGAUGAGGUGAAGUUCCCCGAAUGGCCCAUUAUGAGUCCCUUGAGCCUGUUGAAGGAAGUCCUUGCUGCCUGGAGAUUGGAAGUGGAAAAGAAGCCGUCGUCCAUGACCACCAGAGAUGCUUUGGCCGUCCUCGGGUUGCAGGCCAACAUUGAACCCGAGGAGGGCAAAAUCCGGAAAGCCUAUUUCAAGAUGGCUCAGCAAUACCAUCCGGAUAAGAACCCGCAAGGGCGAACCAUGUUUGAGAAGGUCAAUGCGGCCUACGAGUUCCUCUGCAGUCGAUCCACUCGAAGCAAUGACCACCCGAGUCCGGAAAAUAUUGUCCUGAUCCUCCGUGCUCAGAGCAUUUUGUUCUCUCGAUAUUCCAAGGAACUUCAUCCGUACAAGUACGCCGGAUAUCCAAUGCUCAUCAAGACCAUUCAAAUGGAAACGGCCGAUGAGAAGCUUUUCUCCAAAUCAGCGCCGUUAUUGGCGGCGGCCAGUGAAUGCGCUUACUUCACGGUCAAAUGCUCAGCGCUUAAUGCGGAAGAGCUUCGAAGGGAGGACGGACUUCAAGUGUUGUAUCAAGCCUUCGAGCGAUGCGUUUCCGUUCUGGGUCAAGACUCCAAGCCCACGGAUGUGGCUGUUCAAGUGUGCAUUCAUGUGAUUCGCUUCUUUGCCGUGGCCUCGGAGUUCCCCGCUUGUUGCACAAAGAUGGUUGAAAUGCCGGAUUUGGUCAAGAACAUUUGCCGGGUCUUCUACUACAAACAAUUGACGGCAUUAUGCUCCGUGGCCGCCGAAUGUGUGUCAGCCAUGGCCGUGGAUGAGAUCCUCCAGAUGCAUUUCCUCCAAGCCGGUGUCCUGUGGCACUUGCUCUUGUUCCUCUUCGAAUAUGAUUACACCUUGGAAGAGAGCGGAGUGGUGGCCAACGAGGCCACUAGUCAACAGGCCGUGGCCAAUCGACUGGCCAAGCUGGCCGUGGUGGCGUGUGCUCGAUUGGCCGGAUUAGGUCACGCCCCACAAGAGGAUCCAGAGGUGCCUCAACCUCCCAAGAACCAAGUGAUUGAAGACAGUCUUCGAGCAAUGCUCACUCCUUACAUCGUGUCCAAAAUGGCUCUCAGAGAGACGGAGGAGGUCUUGAAGUUGUUGAACUCCAAUUCGGAGACGCCCUAUUUGGUUUGGGAUAAUGGCACAAGGGCGGAGUUGACGGAUUUCCUAGAGACCGAAAGCACUUCCAGUGUGCGAACGGGGACGUGUGACCCGACCUUCGGAGCUACCUUCAAAUUCACCGCUCACGAAGACGAGUUGGUGGUGGGUGAUAUCUUCCUGCGAAUCUACAACCAGCAACCCAUGUUCACUCUCCUGGAGCCCAAGCGGUUUGCCGUGGACCUUCUGGAGUUCCUGAAUGGACGGGCCCAGUAUCUAUACUCACUUCUAUCCAUGACACAAGGACAAAUAGCGGCCACCUCCGAGAACUUGAAAUUCAGUGAGAUGGCUCUCGAGUCCUUGGCCAACGUCAUCAAACACAAUCGAGGGGUCGAAAUCCAAUGUAUCGGACACUUCAAACUACUCUUCUGUCUGUUGAGACUCGAAUCCUACCCGAAUGUCCAAGAGAUGACUCUGAGGGUGUUGUCCAAUGUGACCGGCAGCUCUGAAUGCGUGGACGAUAUCUCGGCCUCUCGUGUGCUCACCUAUCUAAUCCAAGUGAUCUACUCGCUAGAGGCCAAGCAAGAGCUCUCACUAACCGUGUUCCGGAGUCUCAUGGGAGACACCCGUCUAGUCAAGGAGUGUCUCACUACAGGUGGAGUGAUUUGCCUGGUCAAGAUAUUUUGUUGUUCCAAUGAUCAGCCCACUCGCGAGAUUGCUGCGGAAACGCUCUCGACCAUGUCUGCGGACAAGUUGAUGGGUCCCAAAGUGCGGAUCGUCUUAAACAAGUUCAUCCCCGAGAUCUUCUUGGACGCGAUUAAGAAAUCCCCCGAGACGGGUGUACAGCUUCUGGAAACUAAUCACGAGAAUCCGGAGCUCAUAUGGAACGAGGACACCCGAGAGAAACUCUUGAAGCACAUCCAUGAUUUGGCCAUGAGUCAUUACAAUCACAUCAAGAGUCGUCCUGACAUCCCGUGGAACCCAUCGGAGCAAGAGCUUAACAUCAACCUCGAGUGCAACGAAUUGGUCAUCUCCGGGAUCUACAUCCGACUCUUCAACGCCAAUCCGGGUUGGGUGUUGCGAAAGCCCCGAGAGUUCUUGUCGGAUCUCUUGGAGAAUGUGGUUCAGAUGAUCAGUGCCAAAACGGUCGAUCAGACCCGUUUGGAGAGUGUGAGCACAGCCCUCAUCAAACUACUUAUGUCUCAACCCAAUUUGGCCGAGAUGAUCCCCGGGACCGGGUACAUUUCUAGGCUAUUCUCAGUCAUGGGACAGAUUGAUGAGAAAGUGGUCAAGGCAGGAAUCAUGGUGACCAACGAAAUAGCGAGGUCUGCUGUCUGCGUGGAGAACAUGGGCACCAUCUCGUGCAUCCCAAGUCUGAAGCGUGCCAUGAAGUUGAGACAAGAUCUGAUCCCGGUCUCAUGCGAGAUGUUCAGCCGGAUCUUUGAGAAGCAUCACGAAAACCUGACCAAGCAAAGUUUGGAUUGCGGGUUGAUCCCAGACCUUCUGUCCUUACUGGAUUCACCGUUGACGAAUCAAGAGUCGCGCGCCCUCAUCGUAAAAGGGCUCAAAAGUCUGCAAUGCUCGCUCCAACACGGCGAGCAAGUGAGCGCCCUCCUCAAGGCCAGCUCCGUGUGGAAACAAUUCGAGCAGCAGAAGCAUGACCUCUUCAUCACCAGUCAGAACAGUGGCGGCUACUUGACCGCGACGCCUGGCGUGGCCGGCUACUUGACCUCCACGGCUAAACCCGCUCCCACCAUGCCUCCGCCCAUGGAGGACAAGAACAGCUCCUUGUCCUCAUCCAUGCAGAACCCGCUACUCUAGAACAAACCUCGAACGAACACCCAGAUCAUGUUAUUUUGUCCACCGCCCAGAAACUGUGAUAGAUUAAUACUAUGACUAUUUGUUACUGCAUCUUCUACUUCUGUAACGACGACCACGACGAUCAUGACGAUUGCUAAUCCCUCUUCUUGGUCAUUCAUGUUUCCAACUGGAAAUCGGUUUCGAGGUCCGAGGCCAAUUUUUUGCUAUUUCCCCCAGAUUGAUCAUGAUGCUCUUCCAAAGAAACCGCCUCUCCUGGGAGACUGCUUAACGCACCUUUCAUUGAGUUGAAUGUCCAUUUAUAUCUAUUUUUGUUACUUUUAUUACUCUGUCUCUGGCCCAGCUGCCGCUGCCGCCUUCGCUGCUGCUGCUGCUGCUCUUGGAACAAUUUUCCGCGUAACCAUCACAUAUAUAAUUUAUUAGUUCGUUUUGAAAGCCCAUACCAUCACAUCACAAUCAUCAUGAAGCGAGAAUAAAGCAUGUUCCACUCAUGGAACAAUCCCAA